AUUUACGGAAAGCAAUCACUCCAAAUUUGGCAAUUAACACACAAAACUCACUUUCUCUGCCCCCUUCUAUGAGUUCUAUCCGAACAAUUAACCUUCCCAGUCCCAAUCCAGAACACGUCCCUCAUCAAAAGAAGCUGCAAUCGGACGGAAAAUGUUACGGAGAGUUUUAAUCACAAUCAGUGCACGUAUUGUUAGAUGAUAAUCGAUUGAUAGGCUGAAAACAUGAAAUUGACAAAGACACAAAGUUCAUGUAUAUUUACAUGCGUUGAACGCAGAAAUGUCUUGUCUGUGAAUAUAUAUAUAGAAAAUCAAUAAGCAAUGUGGAAUUCAUCACUUUCAGGUUUUCACCAUACAUAGAGAUAAGCAUUCAUGUGCGCACUGAUUUAUUAGAUUAGGGGAGGAAGAGGUAGCUGCGGUGAAAUUGGAAUCCAAUUUGUUGGUUCCGGAAGAGCGCCAGCGGAGACGGCGCAUAAGGUGGUGGUGCUACAAUUUUAUUUAGGGUUGUCGGUGCGGAGGUUUGGAAUCGGACUAGGCUACGGUUGUAGUUGGUAGGGAUCGUGGCGGUUGAGAAGGGAGGAAGAUGCAGCUGCACUUCUCACCUAGCAUGAGAAGUAUAACGAUAUCGAGCAGCAGCGAUGGAGGAUUUGGUGAUUUGAUGAAGAUCAAGCUCGCAGCUCGCCACAUCUCAUACCGAACGCUCUUUCACACCAUCCUUAUCUUGGCUUUCUUGUUGCCUUUUGUCUUCAUUCUCACAGCUGUUGUUACCCUUGAAGGUGUCAACAAGUGCUCAUCGCUUGAUUGUUUAGGCAGAAGACUGGGCCCAAAGCUUCUUGGAAGAACUGAUGAUUCAGGGAGGCUGCUUAAGGAUUUCAUUAAGAUACUCAAUCAAGUGAGAUCUGAGGAUGUGCCAGCAGAUUUGAAGCUCCCAGAUUCUUUUACUCAACUCGUCUCUGAAAUGAAAAACAAUAAACACAGCACAAAAGAAUUUGUACUUAUAUUGAAGGGAAUGAUGGAGAGAUCUCAAAGGGAGAUUAGAGAAUCUAAAUUUGCAGAGUUGAUGAAUAAACACUUUGCUGCAAGUUCAAUCCCAAAGGGCAUUCAUUGUCUCUCACUCCGGUUAACUGAUGAGUAUUCAUCCAAUGCUAAUGCACGUAAACAAUUGCCUUCACCAGAGCUACUCCCUUUGCUCUCUGACAACUCCCUACACCAUUUUGUAUUGUCAACUGAUAACAUCCUAGCUGCUUCCGUGGUGGUCAAUUCUGCUGUCCAGUCAUCUCUUAAACCUGAAAAGAUUGUUUGUCAUGUCAUUACUGACAAGAAGACUUAUCCCGGGAUGCAUUCAUGGUUUGCUCUAAAUCCCGUCUCUCCUGCUACUGUUGAAGUAAAAGGUGUUCACCAGUUUGACUGGUUGACAAGAGAGAAUAUUCCAGUGCUUGAAGCUGUGGAGAGUCAUAGUGUUAUACGUAAUUAUUACCAUGGGAAUCAUGUUGCAGGAGCCAAUCUUAGUGAUAUUACUCCACGCUCUUUUGCCUCGAAAUUGCAGACUAGAAGUCCGAAAUAUAUAUCCUUACUCAACCAUCUUCGCAUAUAUUUGCCUGAGCUUUUCCCAAAUCUGGAUAAAGUUGUUUUCUUAGAUGAUGAUGUUGUAAUUCAGCGUGAUUUAUCUCCACUCUGGGACAUUGAACUUAAAGGAAAGGUUAAUGGUGCUGUUGAGACCUGCAAAGGUGAAGAUGCAUGCGUUAUGUCAAAGCGAUUCAGAAAUUACUUCAACUUUUCUCAUCCUCUAAUAGCAAAGAACUUGAGCCCUGAUGAUUGUGCAUGGGCUUAUGGAAUGAAUAUCUUUGACUUGUCUGCAUGGAGAAAGACUAAUAUAAGAGAAACUUACCACAAAUGGGUCAAAGAGAAUCUGAAUUCAAACUUGACAAUGUGGAAGCUUGGAACACUCCCACCUGCUUUGAUUGCAUUCAAGAACUACAUUCACCCAAUUGACUCCUCUUGGCACAUGCUUGGUUUAGGCUACCAGAGCAAGACAAACGUGGAGAAUGUUAAGAAAGCUGCUGUAAUUCAUUACAAUGGGCAGUCAAAGCCAUGGUUGGAGAUAGGAUUUGAACAUCUCCGACCAUUUUGGACCAAAUAUGUGAACAAUUCCAAUGACUUCAUUAGGAAUUGCCACAUCCUGGAGUAGACUGAAUCUCAAGAUAGCAGAGAAGUAUUGAAAGUCAUCAUCAUAUAUCUUGAGCCCACUUUUUUUGGACGCAAGAUAGUUUUGUCAACUCUCUGAUCUCUUUUUUCAAUGAGAAUGGAGCGUUAUUCUUUGAGUGUUGUAUUAUAUCCCGUCCAUGUCUAUUUGUUUAAUUGGGUAAAAUAUUGUUUUCGCAUUUUACCUUUUACAGCAGCUUAUGGUUCUACCCGCUAGGAGGGGAACGUGAGGCAUUGAAGUAAGGCUCCUGACCCUCCCCUCCCCAAAAAGCUGAUGGAGGUUAUUCUUUAACUUGGUUUUAUUUUUAAAUGUUGGCUAUGGUUUCGGUCAGCAUUUCUCCUCACUGUAAUUGUAGUCAUCAGUAUGAUAUAAUCAUAUAAUUGUAGGUUGUGGGAACACGAAAUACAGGUAUAUUGACCAUGAAUACUGGUUGAGAUGAUCUUUUUGUUGGGAAUGCUGAGUGCUUAUGAGGAUCAUGUUGUGAAACACUUGUACUCUUUAGAUAUGUCUGUUGGGAAUCAUCAUAGAUGGUAUACUGUAUAUUGCUUAACUGUUCAGCCCGCUUGGAAUUUGCAUCAUCUGUUUGGCAGUGCUUGGUCAAUUCUGACCAUCUGAUGGUGUGGGGUGCCUUGUUGAUCCAACAGUUUCUGACUGUGGAGUACUCUUCCUAGUGGGCGACGUCAUCAACUUCAUAGUUCCCCUUCUCAAUUACUCAUGAGUUCAUCGACGUAUGGUCUUCCAUUACUGCCGAACUAAACUCUUUCUAUAUACGGUUUCUAUGCCCAUAUGAAAACAUUCAAUAGCAAGCAUGGGUAUGUAAACUUAUUCUAUAUAUAUUUUGUUGGUC